AAAGCAGCACAACUGUCUGCUUCACACAGAUGUUUGCAAUUCAGCUGAUUGGGCAAGAGACCUAUAAAGUUCCCCAUUUUCAGCAUGGCCUGUAUCAUUUAGUCAUGGUGAUGUACUGCUAUCUAGGUGUGAUUGUCUGUGCUGUGUUUGUAACAACAGCUGCUUCUGGUCCAGAUAUCAAUGUAGAAUGUGGAGAAAACGCUGUGAAAAUCACAUGGCGGGUCGGCUCCCAUGUUGUUCCUUAUGCAUCUCGACUAUUCCUCGGAACUUGUAUGCCAUCCGAGUGGACGGUUCUCCCCAACGGGGAAGGGGAAGCGCGGUUUGACUACAACUUUGCUGACUGUAAAUUCAAAAAGAUGAUGAAGGGGAAACGUGUGGUUUAUCGAAAUGAGCUUGCCUUCAGACCACACCCAAGGACUAAACCUGCCGUCUUCACAAGCCCUGUUGAAUGUCUUUGGAAACGUCCUGAAGGGAGACUUCUCCAACAAAUGAACCCUGGCUCAGGAACUGCAACAGGGCACAGUCAGCUGGUCUUCCACAUGUCACUCCUCAAUGACCAGUUAACAGGUGUGGCAAAGACGAAUGUGGUUCCACUGGGAUCAUUCAUGCCGAUCUGGGCGGCCGUCGAGCAGAAAUCCCAUCAACCAUUGCUGCUCCUCAUGGAGGAGUGCGUUGCUGCAAGUACACCAGAGCUGCACCGUGGGAGCCAUAUUUACCCCAUCAUUGGCAAUAAAGGGUGUCUCUUUGAAAGCAAGAGGGGAGGUUCCAUGUUCCUUCCUCGGUACCAUUCAUCUGCCUUAAUACUGUAUCUCCAGUCAUUCCGGUUUGGUGUUGGAGAGGAAGUCUACAUCCACUGCAAUUUGGCUGUGUGGGAUUACACUAGUCUUAACAAAGAAAAAAAGACUUGCCAUGUCAAGGAACAUGGAGGAUGGGAGCUGCUGGAUGACCCUUCUCGGAGCGCACUCUGCCGGUGCUGCGACUCAACCUGUGCAUCUCGGGAAAAGAGAGAAGCUGAUAUGGAGACCAAUGGCACAAAAUACAACUCUGUGUUGGGACCACUCAUCAUACAGGACAACAUGGGCUCUAGUGGGAACUCUACAUUUGCUGACCCUGUCACUGAAGUUAAAGUGGAGCCAGAGAGAAUAAGACCUCUCUCUGCCAGUCAGGAGGGAAGCGUUUCUGGUCAGGAUGGCGUGCUCUUGGUGUUGUGUACUGUUGUUCUGCCUGAGAUGAAGCUGGACUGCAGGCCUGACCAUGUGACGCUGGUCUGGAAGGACAGCCGAUCCCAGGCUGAUACUUCAAUGUUCCGUCUUGGAAACUGCUUUCCUACUAGUUUCACUCAAAGAGAAGUGGUCUUCAGUGUGGACCUAAACGACUGUAAUUUCAUGAAACUGGUGACUGGAAAUGAGGUAAACUACACAAAUGAGUUGAUCUACACUUCCUCUCCUGAGUCUUAUGUCCAACCCUUUAGUCUCCAUGUUCUCUGCUCAUAUGAAAGGCCUAAAGACUGGUUCCCUUCCAUCUAUGAGCCAGUUUUUUCUACAUAUGGAUUUGAAGACCUGGUGUUCCACUUUGGAAUCAUGAAUGCUGACUUCUCAGGCCCUGCUGAAUCCACAACUUUCCCCCUGGGCUCCAUGAUCCCUGUCAUGGCCAGCGUGGAGCAGCUGAACCAUCAGCCACUGCUGCUGCAUAUGGAGGAAUGUGUUGCUGCCACCACACCAGAGCUCCAUCCGGGAUCCUACUCCUAUCCACUCAUCACUAAUAAGGGAUGUCUCGUGGACAGCAAGUCUUCACGCACAAAAUUUGAACCAAGGCAUAAAUCCUCCGAAAUCCAGCUAUCUCUGCAGGCCUUUAGGUUUGCUCUUGGGCAAGGGGUUUACCUCCACUGCAGCCUUGUGGCUUGGGACCCAAAUGAACUGGACCAAACCAAGAAGGCCUGCCAUUACUUGGAUCACAGCUGGGAACUCCUGGAUGACCCCACAUACAGCAACUUGUGCGACUGCUGUGACUCAGUCUGCAAGACUAGAAGGAAAAGAGGCGUCUCAUCAGGGAAGACCAGCUUGGCACAUAAAGCAGUCAUUGGCCCAAUUACCAUCACCGAUGCUUCAUGAGGCGUCAUGGCCACAAGACUGGAUCAACGUUUCAAGCAGUUUUUUAAGACCGCUAUAUACUUUAUAUACAAUAAAAUUCCAGAAUCAUCUUGUGAAGUUUUGGGUUUAUUGUGCAAAUGACUAUUUGUGAGCU